UGCUGCGUGGGGACCAUUUUGACGGUCCUAUCGCUUUAAGACCAGUUUCGAGUACGCGUCCAAUCAGAACGAAGACGAGGGAGGGAAGAGAGCGGGUGGGUAGCAACAGUUGCCCUGGUGAGGACGAAGCGCCAUAUCCACGGUAGCCCUGGCGACAAGAACCCAGCAACGAGAAUCAACAACAACAACUGAAUUCUCCACCAAAAAAAAAGAGAUAAAAAUUAACCGGUGGGAAAUUCAUACUGAAUCAGAGUGAUUCCCAGCUCAAGUAAUGGCCACCUCAGGCUACGUGGGAGAGAUACAGCCAACCACCCAACCCCAGGGGGCCAUUGUAACUGUCACUGCCGGGCAACCUGCAGCCAGCUCCACCUCUAACACCACUCCUCAGUUUCUGACUGAGAUUCAGACCACUGUGGCCACUCCCACUGCUGCCACACCUACUGGCCAAAGUACUCCCGCUGAGCAAGGCACUUCCAUUGCAAGCCAGAAGUCUGCAACUGGUGGCCAAGCCCAGCCCACUGCACAGGCCCAGACCGCUCAGACACAGUAUGUGGCUGCAGAGAUCCAGGGCUCUCCCACACAGUCUGGGAAUGCUCAAAGCACACCUCAGUAUAUCGUAGUCACUGUCACAGAAGGCUCCCUCCAUUCAAGUGACAGUGUGUCAGACUCAAGCCCACCUCCGGCUGUGGUGCAGACAGGAGUUCCCACACAGGUGGUUCAGCAGGUGCAGACGGCUCAGCAGAGGUCCGUAGUGCAGGCCACGUCUCAAAUUACCAAGACCGAGCCAGGUACCCAGCUCAGUGUCACCAGCCUACAGCCAGUCCAUAUCAGCCAGGAGUGUCCUCAUAGCAGCGAACAGGGAGCAUGGGUGCCAGUAUCAGGCAGACACAGGGAGCUAGAGGAAUGGCAGCAGCAACAAGACAGUAGACAUUCAGAGUACCUGGCCGGGGUGCCAGCAGACCACAUCAUGGACGACAACAUCUACAUGCUCCUCUCCUUCCUCAUGGCCUGCCCUUUGAACACCCUCUCCCCAUCCAUGGACUGGGAGGACUUAAUGACAGUAGCGAUAGAAGAAUAUUCUGCAGUCACCAUGUCAGGCUACAACAGUCAGGCACCGCUGCUGGAUGCAGAUAUGGUAUUUCAAGUGCAACAACUGACACAGGUGCCCGUGCAACAUGUUUACACCAACCAGGUGCAGUAUGUGGAGGGGGGAGAUCCCAACUAUACGACCAGCACCAUUCGUUCUGGCAGUUUCUCCUACACAGAGAGUCCCCUGUAUACCCAGACUACUGCUGCCCAGUACUAUGAAGCACCACCAGCAUCAGGCUCACAGUCUUCAACCCCUGGCACACCUCUCACCGUUGCCGUAACUGCAGGCACCACCGGGGGGGUAUCUAUGUUUGUCGCCCAGCCUACCAGCACAACAGGGGAGGGGGCCACUGUGGUGACCACAGGAGGCACAGCCAAUGGGGCAGGGGAUGGGGCGGAGACCAACGGUGCUGCAGCAGGCAGCUAUGUGAUUCAAGGGGGUUACAUGCUGGGCACCAGCAGCGGAGGGGCGGGCAGUAACAGUCAGAGCUAUUCUCACACCACCCGCGCCUCCCCGGUCACUGUGAGUAUUACAGAGGGCGAGGAGAGUAGCGUGCCGUCGGCAGACAAGAAGUGGUUGCUGGACAACUAUGAGACCGCUGAAGGAGUGAGUCUUCCACGCUCCACGCUCUACUGCCACUACCUACUGCACUGCCAGGAACAGAAGCUGGAGCCGGUAAACGCAGCCUCCUUUGGGAAACUCAUCAGAUCUGUCUUUAUGGGGCUACGCACACGACGCCUUGGCACAAGAGGUAACUCCAAGUACCACUACUAUGGCUUGAGGAUCAAAGCCAGCUCUUCUCUCAUCCGUCUGAUGGAGGACCAGCAGCACUUGGCAAUGAGGCAGCAGCCUUUCUCGCAGAAACAGAGAUUGAAGCCGGUGCAUAAGGUGGAGGGGAUGACCAAUGGCACAUCGUCAGGGGCAGGCCAGCAGCAGCAACAGCAGCAGGGAGUGGGGCUAUCUGACAUCAGUGCCCAGGUUCAGCAGUACCAGCAAUUUCUGGAUGCAUCCAGAGCCCUCCCAGAGUUCCCAGACAUUGACCUACAAGGAAAGGCCUUGCCUGAUGGCAUCGAGUUGGAGCACAUAAAAAGCUUCCAGCUCCUAUACAGGGAACACUGUGAGGCCAUAUUGGAUGUGAUUGUCAACCUCCAGUUUACGCUAGUGGAAACCUUGUGGAAGACCUUCUGGAGGUUCAGCCAGAGUCAGGCUGGAGACACCGCCACACUGGCUGUUCAUGACGAGUCAGAGAAGCGCCUGCCCAAGUCCUGUCUGGUGCUGCUGUGUAAGUAUGACCCGGUGCUGCGCUGGAGCCGUGACUGUGACAACAGCCUUUACCAGGGCCUGGUGGAGAUCCUCAUCCCUGAUGUCCUCAGGCCCAUCCCCAGUGCCUUAACUCAAGCCAUCCGCAACUUUGCCAAGAGCCUUGAGAGCUGGCUGACCAAUGCUAUGAUGAACAUCCCUGAGGAGAUGGUUCGCAUCAAGGUAACGUCGGCCAGUGCAUUCGCCCAGACGCUGCGUCGCUACACCAGCUUGAACCACCUGGCUCAGGCGGCCCGAGCUGUCCUCCAGAACACGGCCCAGAUCAAUCAAAUGCUCUCUGACCUCAACCGUGUCGACUUCGCUAAUGUCCAGGAACAGGCAUCCUGGGUAUGUCGGUGUGAGGACCGUGUGGUCCAGCGGCUGGAGCAGGAUUUCAAGCUGACCCUCCAGCAACAGAACUCUUUGGAGCAGUGGGCUGCCUGGUUAGACGGGGUGGUCUCCCAGGUCCUAAAGCCCUACCAGCACAGCCCUGCCUUCCCCAAGGCCGCCAAGCUCUUCCUGCUGAAGUGGUCCUUCUACAGCUCCAUGGUGAUCAGGGACCUGACCCUACGUAGUGCAGCCAGCUUUGGAUCCUUCCACCUGAUCCGUCUGCUAUACGAUGAGUACAUGUACUACCUGAUAGAGCACAGAGUUGCCCAGGCUAAAGGAGAGACCCCAAUCGCUGUCAUGGGAGAGUUUGCCAGUUUGGGCCGGAGUUUAAAUCCACUGGAUCCCGACAAAGAAGAGGAAGAGGAGGAAGAGGAGGAGAGUGAUGAAGAGGGUCAGGAGCUGUCCCUCCCAUCGGAUGGGGCAGUGCUUGGAGAGGAGUCUCUCGAGCCCCCUGCCAAGCUGGCCAGAACGGACCAGAGAGUUCUCUUCACCACCAGUACUGCCGACAGCUGAACAGAGUAACGCUACCAGACAUACAUUGAGUAUAUGUCGAUACACAUACUGAUGUACAAAGUACACUAAUUUAUACAUUCAAUAUCAUGUGUAGGUCUUGUAAACAUGGAUGCACAUACACACACAACUGCUGCCAUCAGUUGCACUUAAUUACUAGCCUACCUGUCUGCACAUCCACAAACAAAUCCACACCCAGUCAGUACCACCACAUCCUGGAUGGCGCCAGUGCCCAUGUGUCUGUCAAAGUGUUGUAACUACAGACUCUGCCUGGUACAAGCAAACAGGUACAACAAUCUCUGGCACGGCAACAGGGUGUGGUUCUGUCUUUGACCUGACUAUCUUGUGUGUCCUGCAGCAAAGAGUUGUGUGGAUCUGUAAGACAAGGUAGAAGCUGCUGCGUCUCCUAAUUCAGUAAACUGUAACACUGAAAAGCCUCUGCACACCUGGGCCGGACUUUUACUUGUGGGCGACUUUUGGCAAAUUCUGUGGGAGAAGAGGAGUUGUAAAAAUGACUCUGAAAGAACGGGGCUGCUUGAACUGGUUGUGGGUUUCACCAACCCAUCUAGCUGUUUCCUAUUUGCCAAACAAAAGCCCAUGGACCAUUCAAAGGGAGAAGUGUCAAUAAUGACAGUAGAUUAAUGGGGUAACUGGAUGUUUUGUCUUGUUUUUGUGUAUCACAACCCCUAGUGUGUGUCGUCUGUAUGCUUGUGUGAGCACAGCGGUCUCAGUCGUGCUGACAUUUCUAGAUUCGGAGUGAACGUGGUUUUCAUGAUAACAUUUGCGCGUGUUGUAACUCUGCGUGCCUGGUGGUCUGAGUGUAAGUCAUGCCAAGUUGGGUUUUUUUUUUCUCUUUUCAUUAAAUAUUUUCCAAGGAAUUCAAUUUUGGAGAACUGUGUAGGUUUCUUGUUCAAUUUGAUUUGCCUGUAAAGAAGGUGUUGUGGUCUUGGGUCACCUGUGGAAGCCUCACACACUUGUAAAAAGGCGCCCGUGGCUGUGAAACAAGUGUUCGUACUGGGUACGAAACCCUCCUCGCUUCGUGCUGAACAUUUACUUCAAUGAAAGCAGAACAUUUUCUCAUCCGAAGUGCUUCGCUCCAUUUCGUUGGACCGGUUCCUCAGUGGCUUCCUUCCCCUCACACAUACUGUAUCGUCUUGCCUUAUUUCCAUGUGUUUUCUCCAUUUGUGUGCCAAGCUUCAUCAGCCUGCCUUCACCCCUGAUCUUACUGGCUGUGUUGUCUGUUCUGAGGGCCGCCUGACUGAGCCAGAAUAGUAACAUAUAGCUAGAAUGAUAAUAUCACUACACACACACACACGUAUAGAUAUGUGUAUGUGUGUGUCUUUAUCCACUAUUUGAACUUGUUGUGCCACAAAGUGAACCUCUUGUGCAGUGUACAGUGAUGUGUUGUCACACAUUGUGAGCAUCAGUUGUAUUGCCGUGUUUAUUGAGUGUUAGUGCGGUUGACUUAUCAUCUAAGGGUUUUCCACGCAUGGGCCGAGACCCUGUUGCGUUUAAAGCUCAGGACACGUCUCUCCGAAAUGUUUUCAGCAGGGUUGUGUGGUGUGUGAUGAAAACCGGGGCUGUGCGCGUCAGGCUGCGUGGGGAAUUCCCAGAUGUGUGGUUGACAUUGUUUGCGCCGAGGGUUCAGAGGGCUUGCUGGGAAGUGAGACAAGAUCUGGUUGCUCUUUCUAAACAGUCCUCCGGCGGCCGUCAUCGUUUCCCAUAACUGAGCUCUAUAACCUCACCGCAUCUUUUCUUCACUUUGCUGCCGGCGCGUUGUGUUGCGUCACAUCCGCCCUCGGAGGACGUUUUCCACCGCCAUGUGCCGCUGCCACGCACGUCUUCAAUGGGCGUCGCAGCUGCCGACCAUCGCGUUAUCGUUUUCUCAAGGGAGUCGAUCACAGCCGAGAGAGAACACGCCCCUCUUGUCACUCAGUACAUAGGAGGUCUUUAUUCAGCCCGGGGAAAGGCUUUGUCAUUUUGUAGUGCUUGGUUACUUGCGUUCAAAAAGUGAAACAAAUAAGGAAAAAAAGAAAAAGAAAAAAAAGAUGUCCAGUGGCAGUGUGUUAUUAUGAGUUGAGUCCGCUGUUAAGUAUGACUGUGCCUUUGGAGGUUGUAGAAUGCAAAUUCAGAUGUUUUUAAUUUUAAAGAUGUAAAUUAAAAAAGAAUUUUUGAAA